GCGAGCAGCGCUGAGUCCAGCCGCCGCCGCUCUGCCCGCAGCCGCCUCAGCGUCCGGCCUGGCGAGUCGGGCGGGGAGGCCGGGGUCGCGCCGGGUUCCUCGGCUGCCGCUUCUUCCGAGAACGCAGCCAUCCCAGGCCCGGCCUCCGCCACAGCCCCCACUGGGGCCCAGCGCACGGCCUCGCACGGUGACAGCGACUCCUCUUCCUCCUCCUCUUCGUCCUUCGCCUUGGGCCCAACGGCGGUCACCACCAUUACGGGAUCCGCAGCAGCCUCGACAGCCGCCAUCUUCCCGGAAACGCCGCCGCACGUCAGCCGCGCCCCUUGCUGCCAUGGCAACGGAGUGCUGGCUGGGAAACCGGGAGGAGCGGACGGGCGGGGCUUACGGUUCAGACGUCACCGAGGGCGGGUUUCUCCGGGAUUUUAAUUCGGUCUUAUUUUUUUAUUGAGCGUCUAUUGGAAUCAGGCACUGACUGUCCUAAGCGGGAGUAAGUCCUGCCUGCGGUCUACCCCUCAUUCCACGUGUAUAGCAUCCAGUCUAGAUCUUGUGCCGGUCCCAGCGGAGGGAUCCUUUAUUCUUAAUCUGUACAUUUCUGGAGAUCCGCGAGACGUGAAGGGCUUCAGGGAUUAUGCUUUCCCCGAGUCUCUCGGAGUGUGGAUCCCUUGGCUGUAGAUCCACGCUCCCCCUACCUCUUAACCCUUUCCCCAACCAUAUAAGGAAAGGCAGCUGCUGGGGCGUCCCCAGGAUCUAAAGAUAGCAGGUUCCUGCCACCGACUGCGAACGCCACUGGGCAGAGGGAGCCGCCAUGGCACGGCAACAUGCCCGGACCCUGUGGUAUGACAGGCCCAAGUAUGUCUUCAUGGAGUUUUGUGUUGAGGACAGCACCGAUGUCCAUGUGCUUAUUGAGGACCACCGCAUUGUGUUCAGUUGCAAGAAUGCUGAUGGAGUGGAGUUGUACAACGAGAUUGAGUUCUAUGCCAAGGUGAACUCCAAGGACUCCCAGGACAAGCGCUCUGACCGCUCUAUUACUUGCUUUGUGAGGAAGUGGAAGGAGAAGGUGGCCUGGCCCCGGCUCACCAAGGAGGAUAUCAAGCCAGUGUGGCUGUCUGUGGACUUUGAUAACUGGAGAGACUGGGAAGGGGAUGAAGAAGUGGAGCUGGCUCAGGUCGAACAUUACGCAGAGCUUUUGAAGAAGGUCAGUGCCAAGGGACCUCCGCCUGCCAUGGAUGACCUGGACGAUGAUUCUGACAACACAGAUACAACAGGCACCUGACUAUGGCUGCUGUGUCGGAUGGCAGGAUGGCGAGUAGACUGGUGGCGCUUCAGACUUCCUACUGAUGGGCUUGUAAUCUUGGUGUUUGGGCUACUCAUCAAGGCUCUGUUUAGUAUAUGAGUAUGUGUAUGUAUGUGGCAGAGUGAAAGCAAAGGAAGAAGCCUAUAGAUUAUAAUAAAUCCCUCGGAAGUGAUCUUUGUCUCUUUACUUCUUGUACUUCUUCCUCCUGGAGUCAAGACUCUCCUCACUCUAGAGUUCUUCCCAAAGAAAGGGUUGGGAGUGGGUACCAGAAAUUCUGGCCCUUGUUGUUGAGGCUGGAAAAGGAAAGAUUUUGGGGACAAGCUAUGACCAAGUUGGGGGACUUCUCUCUGGCCAGGUAUGUGUUCUGAUUUCUCUGAGCAGAAACUAGCCUUUUGCUAUAUGGCUAAUACUGCCACCCCUAGAAACAGCCAGAAACACCCCAUCUCAGCCCCCCUGCACACUCCAGAAACCUCUUUACGCUUUUAAAACUAGAUAUUACUCCAGUUAAUGCCUAUGUCUGUUUAUUCCUCCAUUCAUCAGCUACCCCAUUCAUUCAUACUUUUUGAGUGCCUAAUGUGUACAAGAGAGUGUGACUUAAAACAGAAUGCAAUAGCCACAGACAUUGCCCUUAAACUAAUGGAAAGAUAUUGAGAAUUUUUUUUUAAAAAGUAAACUUUAGAAAUUAUUUAAGUAAUAUAUGGACAUAGUAAAAAAAAAAGAUAUAAAAGGAUACAAAAUUUAAAGUAAAACCUUCACCACCACUCUUGUAUGGAUAGCCAAUGAUAACAGUUUCUCAAAAACUUUUAACUAUCUAUGGAUAUACUGUAUAUAUUAUAAAUUCUAUAAUACCUAUAAUAAAUUUUAUAUAGUAUAAGUUAUAUAAUCUAUACAACAAACAUAUGGGAUAUGUACAAUGUCAUGUAGAGUUUAUAUAUAGUAUAUGUUAAAAUUUACUACAUAUAUAAGUAAAUGCAGUAUACGAGUGUGUGUAUACAAUUGCAGUCAUACUAUGUACAUCUGGCACCGUGCUGUUUUUUCACUUAAUCUGUCUUGGAGAUCCUUCCAAAUCAGCACAAAUCGAUCUAUUUCAUUCUUUUUGAUGGCCGCACGGUAGUCCAUUGAAUAUAUUUUCCAUUAUUUAACUGGUUCCUGAUUGAAGGACCCUGAGGUUGUUGUUAGUCUUUUGCUAUUUUCAAACAGGGCUGCAGUGGAAAUUCUUACAUGUAGAUGUUUUCAUUCUUGUUUAAGAAUAUCUGUAGGGUAAAUUUCUGCUAGUGGAUUUGCUAAGUCAAAGAGUAGAUACAUUUAAACAUUUUGAUAGCUUUUGCCAAGUUGUUUCUUUGAUGAAGUUGCACCAAUUCUCCCUCCCUCCAACCAUUCUCCAAAAUCUUUUAGAUCUUUGUCAAGAUUAAAAAUUGUAGCUGGUUUUAAUUGUAGCUUAUAAUUAGAAUUCUAAUUUAGAAUUUGCUUUAAAUUAUAAGAUUGUACAUUGUUUAUUUUUAUUAAUGGUUCAUAUUUACUUUAAUAUGCUGUGUCCUUGACUUUUGUCUGUUUUGCUAUUAAUACAUAAUUCCUUAAACUUAAAAAAAACUGAAAAUAAAAAGCUAUAUUUGUAUCAUACUUUCUAAUUUACUAAAUAUUUACAUAUUAUCCCAUUACGAAAAUUUGAACCUCAUAUCAACCUUAUAAAGUUAAGUAUGUUUUUUCUUCAUAGGUGAUGAAGCAGGUCACAAUAAGUAGCAGAGCUGGGACUUGAACUUGUAUAGCAUGUGUCCCCUUAUCUACAAUUCUGAAUAUGGAUAAGUUCUGAAAACCAAAAGACUUUUUUUUUUUUUUGAUGCCACUACUCAUUUGGUAGCAAAACUUGACCUAAAAUGAUUUAUUUAUAGUCCUUAUUAAUUCCAUUUAAUGUAUUCAUUACUCAGCAUAAAUACUAAUAUGUUGGAUUACACCUGUUGCCCAAGAGUCUCAGCUGAAGGUGUUACAUGAUCCAUGGGGUAUGCGUUGCCUUACUUGCCUAAAACCUGAGAAAUUCUAAAUUCUGAAAUAUCUGGAGUCUUUAAGCUUUAUUGAUUUAUAAAAGCAGAAAGUUAAUUUUAACUUUUCAUCCUUUUAACAUCUUAAGGCAUUGAUUACAGCUUUUAACUUAUGUUAACCUCUUUAUCUACACUGUCCAACAAUAGCCAUAUGUGGUUACUGAGUACUUGAAGUGGGGCUAGUCCGAAAUGAGAUGUGCUAUGAGUGUAAAAUAAACACCGGGUUUCGGAGAUUUUGUACG